AUCAGUAAACUGAAGUUAGCUGCUUCAAGUGACAUUUACGUCCUGUGACAGGUUAGAAAUUUCCGCUUCCUUUUCGUUGACGCCGCAGCCAUGAAAGCCAAAGGAGAGUUGAAAGAGUUCGAAGUAAUCGGGCGUAAACUGCCCACCGAAAAAGAAAAGGAAACCCCAUUGUACAAAAUGAGGAUUUUCGCCCCUGAUCCAAUUGUUGCCAAAUCUCGCUUUUGGUACUUCUUAAGACAGCUUAAAAAGUUUAAGAAAUCAACAGGGGAGAUUGUUUCAGUACGUCCUAUUCCUGAGAAGACCCCAAUUAAGAUUAAGAACUUUGGUAUUUGGUUGAGGUAUGAUUCUAGGUCGGGUACUCACAACAUGUACCGUGAAUAUCGUGACUUAAGCGUUUCGGCCGCUGUUACACAGUGUUACCGCGAUAUGGGGGCUCGUCAUCGUGCUCGUGCCCAUUCUAUUCAAGUUAUUAAAGUUGAGGAAGUUAAGGCUUCAGCUUGCAGAAGACCACAAGUGAAGCAAUUCCAUGAUUCUAAGAUUAGGUUCCCAUUACCUAAACGUAUACAACAAAGGAAGACGAUGAAUCGUUUCUCAGUUCGUAGACCAAGGACUUAUUUCCUUUAAUGUGUUAAUUAUAGGAAUUUGAUGAAUAAAAAGUUAAUUUAAAAAAG